AUGUCGACUACAUUCGAUUCACAACUAAAAUCAAUUCUUCAACCACUGUCAUCUAUAGAUGAUGCAAAUGGAGAUCCUGUACUUGCUGCUGUUCAAGCAAAUGAUCACAAUACUCUUCGUAUUCUUGUUCGAGCUGGUUAUUCACUUAGUUCUAUUGAUCAAUCAAAUGGACGAUCUCUUCUUCACAUAGCAACAUAUCUCGGUCAUACAGAAGUUGUACGACAAUUACUUAAAGAAGGAAUUAACACAUCAUUACAUGAUCGAGAUGGAAAAACAUGUCUUCAUGUUGCAGCUGCAUAUGGUUACAGUCAAAUAUUAACAUUACUUCUUAAAUAUGAAACUCAUGUUGAACAUGUUGAUUAUGAUAAUAAUACACCAUUACAUAUGUCUUGUAAAUUUGGUCAUAAUGAAUGUUGUCGUUUACUUAUUUAUGCUGGUGCAAAUUUAAAUCCAAUUAAUCGAGAUGGUGAUACACCAUUACAUUCUGCUAUUCGAUAUAAACAUGCAGGUUGUACAGCAAUAUUAAUUCAUGCUGAUGCAUCUUUAUAUAUUCGAAAUAGUCAUCAUGAAUUACCUAUUGAAUUAGCAAGACGUUUAGAUCAUCAUAAAAUCUAUGAUAUAAUACUUCAGAAUCUUUCAUUAUCAUCACAAUCAUCAAAUCAAUCUGAACCAAUAUCAACACCAAAUUCAUCUAUAACAUUAAGUGAUUUUGAAAAACAAUGGCGUCAAUUUCAUUUACUUAUUCAAACACGAAUGCUUGCUAAUCAACAUCAACUUGAAGAACAAAUUGAUUCAUUAAAAGAUGCUAUGAAUAAAAAUCAAUUAAAACAAGCUAUUAUUCAUCGAAAACUUCAAACAUUAACGAAUUUAUAUAUUCAACAAAACAAACAAGGACAUCAGUAUGAUACAUUAUUUUAG